AUGUCACCUGGAAAUGGUAAUGUCCCCAUUUCUUCAUUAUUAACAUCAUCUAAUAGUACCAAUAGCAAUAACAACUCUGCCGCACCAGGAAAUGCACAACAACCACCACGAUCACCUUCCAAUAUUCCUUUGCUGCGUUUAGUUUCAAGAUUUCAAACACCCAUCAUUCCAACAUCAGGACCAGGAACUGACGAUGAAGUAAUUAUAAUAGAUGAUGAACCUGCAACGCCAGUCCCAUUUUCUCAACAACAACAACGAAUAACACCUUCUUCUAUUGCAAAGAAAACUACAAUACAAACUAAAAAGAAACUGUCAUCCCCACGACAGUCAUCCUUGCCAGUCAUAGCUCCAAAGCCAUCCCAAUCAGCUUCUCCAUUCACUUAUAGUGAUCGAAUCAAACAUUUCCAAACCAGUAUUCAAUUUGAACCUACCACAACUUCCACCAAUAAAUCAUCAUCUCUCCCGAGUAGUAAUACAACAUCUCCAACCAAACCACAACAGCCACCACCAAGUCGAACAUCCAUAAACUCGAUCAUUAAUCUCGAUGACGACUCCGAACCUUCAAAACCAUCCACUCCAGCCCCUGCUCCAGCACCUCCAAUUGUACGAAAACGACCAGGACCAAAACCUGGGACAGUUCCCAAGAAAGCAAAAGUAGAUUCACCAAGACCAACUGCAGCUGGAGGACCAGUUAAGAAAACUCCAGAAGUACAAACGAAAGUGACUGUGUCGGUGAAGAAACCAUUACAUCCGGGUAUGAUUACUGAAAAAUCGGACAGUAUUCCAUUGGUGAAAUUAAAGGGACCUUCUGUUAUUAAUUUAUUAAAUCAUGAUGAAGAGGAGGGGGCUGGUGGUGAUAAUACGGGUCCGAAGGCAAUGGAAUCGAUUAAGAAUGGGAGUACGAAAGAGGUUGGUAAGGUAGUUGAUGAAAAGAAAGAUCAACAACCAGCGAAAGAGAAGGAGAAGGAGAAAGAGAAGGAAAAGGAGAAGGAAAAGGAGAAGGUGGAGCCACCGAUUAUAGCACUUGAUAUUCCAUUACUAGAUCCCAAGAAUCCACAGCCUGGAAAAGCAGAAGUAGUUGUCAAUGUUCUCAAACUUGCCGAAGAAAAAUAUGGAUGGAGUGUAGUUCAUCCCAAGGCGAAAUCGGCAAUUGAUAUGAUGGACGACAUGAUGGAUGACGAUGAUGACGGGGCUGAUUUGGAUGACGAUGAUGAUGAUUUAAUCGUAGAUGAUGAAAGAAGUGCUCCGGUACAACAGGUACAAUUACCACAACAACCAAAAGGGAAAGAAUUAACUGAAGAACAAUUGGUUAGACAGCAUGAAAUUAGAAUGAUUAGAAAAGUGGGGAAAUAUGAUUAUGAAGAUCCAUUUAUAGAUGAUAAAGAAUUACAAAUGGAAGAAGAGAUCAUAUCUACAAAAGAAGGGUUCUUUGUCUAUUGGGGUCCAUUAGUUGAUGAUAGAAGUUUGAGUAAUAAAAAAGGAUCUUCAAAAAGUAAACGAUAG